UAAAUUACUUAAACCGUAUGUAUUCGUAUGUAUCAUGUCCGCUUACUCGUUCGCAGGGAUGCAUUGGUGCAAUUGAUGGGACCAUGAUCGACGCUGUUGUACCUACAGAGGUGCGUGAGGCAUAUCGCAACCGGCAUGGCAAAGUUGCCCAAAACGUAUUGUGUGUAUGUGACUUGGACAUGAAAUUCACAUUCCUGUACACUGGUUGGGAGGGGAGCUCGCAUGAUGCACGUGUAUUCAUCGAUGCAUUGUCUCAGGGCCGCAACGCAUUUCCAAUGCCUCUCGAUGGUCAUUAUUAUCUAGUCGAUUCGGCGUAUCCAUGUACUCGAGGAUUUAUGCCCCCUUACCCUAGAGAGAGAUAUCAUAGAAGUGACCGUCAGGGUCAGCGGGGAUUUAGGGGGUAUAAAGAUUAUUUUAAUCAUCGUCAUUCAUGUAUUCGUAACGUAAUAGAACGUACAUUUGGGGUCUUGAAAUCACGAUUUAGAAUUCUAAGACUCAUGCCUGGUUAUAAAGUUGGGAGGCAAGGGGAUCUGAUCAUUGCAUGUUGUACGUUACACAAUUUUAUUAGAAUGACGAGCCCGAAUGACUGGUUGUUCGAGGAGUGGAGAGAUAUGGAGCUCAGUCCAAGCGGUCGUGCAUAUAGCGACGCCGCUGUUUCAGGAAAUCAUCCUGACAUGACCGUCGAAUCAGCCCGAGCUAUGGCUGCAAUUAGGGAUGACAUUGCCAAACGUAUGUGGGAAGCUAGGAGUGGUCAUUGACUUAUAUUGAUAAAUAUUGACAUU